AUGAGCACUCUCAUCUUGCCAAUGUCGUCGCCUACGUCGCUGAAGCGGAGCUACGACGAUGCUGCUUUAGAGCCUCUGGCGACGAGCGAACCCACCCAAUUCAUAUCACAUACCUCACUACAGCAACCAUUACAGUCACAGCAUCACCCUACUACAGGGACCAGUGAGCAAUUCUCAAAUCCAUCGCCUCAAGCCUCAUCAACUCUCCUCCCCAAUGCCUCUACCAACACGCAGGAGAAACCCACCAAGAAAGCCAAGUUGACGUCUGCAGAGAAAGAAGUAAGGGAAAUAGAACGGAAGUUUAAGGAACAACAGAAAGCGGAAGAGCGUGCAAAGAAGGAGGAGGAUCGGGUACGAAAAGAACAUGAGAAAGCCGAAAAGGACGCCGAGAAGGCUCACAAAGCCGAGGAGCGAAAAUCAAAAGAUGAAGCGCGACAGAAAGCGAAGGAAGAGCGCGAACGGCUAAAAGAGGAAGAGAAAGCCAAGAAGGAGGAAGAGAGGCAGAAGAAGGAGGAAGAAAAGAACAAGAAAGAGAGGGCUCAACUAAAGUUGAAUGCUUUCUUCGGCCAAUCAUCAGGUACACGAAGUUCCACAGCUUCUCCUGCACCCGACGCCCAAUCGCAGUCCUCCAGUCGCCGUAAUUCUACCGUAGGGGAAAAUCCUCCCAAUUCGACACCGAGAAAGUCCCAGGCUUCAGAUUUUGAGCAGGCAUUUCCGCCAUUCUUUGUGCAUGCAAACGUGUGUCUUGCCCCGUGCAACCGUUUCUCAAGGGACGAAGAGGCCUUGGCCUUUGUACAAAGAAAUCUGGAUGCUUCUUUCACAUCGUCUAAGGAAUCAACUGAGACUUUAAAGGGGCUUCGACUCAGGGAUUCCUUGAGCUUGCCGCCUCAAAGAAAGCACGAAUGCCAUAAGCUAAGACCAAGCGUGAAGCAAAUUGUGGCAAACAUCGAAGGCGGUGCUCAGAACCCAAUUAUUUUAAGUGAAAAAGGUCAUGCUAUUUCAAAGCCAGCGGAUGCACUCGAUUCUAUUCCUAUCAAGUAUCUCAAGUUCAAGGAGGAUGUGAGGCCUCCUUACAUUGGCACAUUCUCCAGAAUCAUAGAAACGCCAACCGCGACCAAAUUGUCAAGAAAGCCUUGCUCACGAAAUCUUCCGAAAGUCAACUACGAUUAUGAUUCCGAAGCUGAAUGGGAGGACCCAGGUGAAGGCGAGGAUCUCAUGUCUGAAGGUGAAGAAGAGCCAGACGAUGAAGAUGACGGUGAUAUGGAAGGCUUUCUUGAUGACGAGGACACCGUGGAUGGGAAGAACGCAAAACGUCGACCUUUGCUUGGUGCUCUCGAACCUUUGUCUACUGGCUUGUGCUGGAUCGAGAGAGUCGACGGACCUGACCUCUCGCAUUACAGGAUGGACAUGCUUACAGAAGAACCACGAUUUCCUAUUGAUCCUUAUUCUACUGCCUACUGGCAACAACCUACGCCAAGCAAACCAGUAUCAUCUACGACAAGCGAUAGAUCAACAGUAAUGCAACCACCCCGUGUUCCUCUCAAUCCCAUCACUGGACAGUCCAUGAACAAAUCUACUACCACUCAUACUAGCGUUAAGAUACCCAAACGAUUGGUACCUAAUGAGCUCAUGGACGAUUUCAGAUCCGCCGUCACUGGCAGUGAUCUAACGAAAUUGGGGCUGGUUGAGCAGCUUAAAAAGAAAUUUCCCAAACAGAGCAAGGAUGUCAUCAAAGACACCCUUGAUGCCAUCGCCGAGAGAGUAGGCAGCAAAUUGGCGGACAGGAAGUGGGUCCUGAAGCCGGUAGAGUGA